CGCGCGCAUCGUGUCGACAUGAUCUCCGCUUGUGUGUGUGUGUUGCUUGUGUGCGGGUUGGCCACCGCGGAUAACAGCUUGCCGAAGGACUUCCACAAAUGUCGGCAGAAGGACACGAAGCUGAAUGAAUGUCUGCGGGCGGCGGUUCCUGACGCGCUACGGAAGAUGAGAGAUGGCAUCCCUUCGCUAUCAGUGCCGCGCAUGGAGCCUCUCCACGUGGCCGCCAUCAACAUUGACUCCGGCGCAGGACCCGUCGUCAUCACACAGAACUAUAAGAACAUCAAGCUGCAUGGACUCACCAACUCCAAGCUCACUACCUACAAAGCCGAUCUGAAGCAGUACCGGCUGCGGACGGACUCCAUCACGCCGAAGAUGGAGUUCAUCGCGGACUACGUCAUGAAGGGCAGGAUCCUCGUGCUGCCCAUACAGGGGAAGGGAAUCGCGAACAUUACCAUGAUAAACCUAGUAGUCAAGCACGACCUGGUCGGCGAGCCGGUGGUGCGCGAUGGACAGACUUACAUGCACAUCCGGGACUACAAGGUCAAGUUCAUCCCUCAACGAGUGCUGCUCAAUUUCUCCAACCUGUUCAACGGGGACAAGAGGCUGGGCGACCAGAUGAACAUCUUCUUGAACGAGAACUCGGAGCUUGUCUUCAAUGAGCUGAAGGAAUCCUACGAAAAAAGCCUCAGUUCCGUUUUUCAGGACGUGACGAAUAAAAUAUUUGACAAAGUGCCCAUGAACAAAAUUUUCAUUGAGGAAUAAGUGUAAAACUAUUUGUAUUUUUUAAGUGUCCUGACUAUUUAUAAAAUUAAUUUAGGAAUGAUAAGCAUAGGUUAAUAUUGCAACCUGCUUUAAUUAGUAUACGUAAGAAAUAAAUUUUGUACAAAUCA